CACUGUUUUAUCACUCAUCCGCAAUUAAUGUUUUCUCCUAAAACGUACGGCUGCUUUGGACACAGGUUCUAAAAAUAAUCUUAACUUUACCAGCUUAAAAAUAGAUAUUUUGAUGUAGCGCAACUCGUACAGUUAUGCCACCCGCAACUUCACAAAACGUUGACUUUUUCCUAGAAUAAAACGACUACGAUGCGAGAUCAUAAAUAAUGAAAUUUUCGCAAAGUUACUAGUGAAUCGCUAAAGUGGAGAAAUAUCGAUUAGGAUCCAAUAGAGACUCAACCUACAACCAGAGCAGAUAUGAAAAACCGGAUACGCAAUGCAAUACGUAACAUACCGAGAGCCGAAGUUCAAGCUGCAGUUUUGUCUACUCAUGACAAGUUUCAGGAGUUCAUAGAGCGUGAUGGGCAAGCAGAUACAAAAAUGGACGUGGACACUGAUCUGAUGUUCGAAUGUCUGAUCUAUCUCAAUGCAUUCUAUUUUCCUGUAUUUGGCAUAUGUGAAACAAUUAUGACAGCAGCGAAGUAUAACAGUAUUGUAGAUACUCCAGACAUAGUUCAAGAUGCAGCAGUUGCAUUCACAAAGCUGUCAGCAGAACUAAUCAAGAUGGUCAUAUAUAAACGAUUCAAAAAUGUUCGAAGAAAAAUCACCACCGCCAUUGUAGUUUUCUUCACCUUCGUCACAUUUGCAGCCCUAAUAUACCAGUUGUUUUUACAAAAGCCAAUAAUGAGUGAAGGGGCACAUAGCGGACAACCAAGAACUUUAACCAAGCAUGCCAAUUGAGGCUGUUGUGGGCAUGCCAGGAAGCUUUUUUAUCUGACGGAGAAAAAUGCAUUUGCAUUGCAUAUCUGUAUCUUGAAGUUGCACUUUGCAUCUCUGAAAGUAGGGAUGUAGGAAUAAAUAAAAAU